AAGUAACAAACAGUGUCUGGAUUCUUAACUUCUGUUAAUGGCAAACCAUGAAGAUCACAAAUAUGCUUUUCAUGUCUCUGGCCCUCAGAACUUGCCUUCCCUUAAUUGGAGAAACAACUUCAAUUCCACUUGGAAGGAUGAAUAUUAUAAACAAGCUGCCAUAUCCUGCUUUACACGGGCAGCUUACGCACUCGAAGUUGAUAGACAAGAUAACAAAACACAAGAGAAUGCUUUGGCUCCAAAGUGGUUGAUUCCCUUCAAGUACAAGCUCACAAAGACAUUGAUUGAUGAAAGAGAUGGAUCCAUUUUCGGAGCAAUAUUCGAAUGGGAUCGAUCUGCAGCAUUGGAAGACUCGGUGCUAAUUAGGCCUCUUGGUAACCCCAAAGCUGUUUUAGCACUCAGAGGAACAUUAACCAAAAGGCAUACAAUAAGGAGAGAUUUCGAAGAUGACCUUCGCUUUCUCUUCUUAGAAAGCUUGAAGGGCUCUUCUAGGUUCAAAGUAGCUAUGGAUGCAUUAAGAUCACUUUGUGAUGAAUAUGGAAGCCGGAAUGUGAUUAUUGCAGGACAUUCCUUGGGUGCUGGAUUUGCUCUUCAAUUGGGAAAGGAACUAGCACGAGAAGGGAUUUAUGUUGAAGCACAUUUGUUUAAUCCACCUUCUGUUUCACUAGCCUUGAGUCUUGAAAAUACUAGAGAAUAUGCAGAAUAUGUGUGGAACAUGCUUAAAUCUAUGCUUGUGUCAAAUAGCAAAGUUGAAAUCAGCAAUGAUGAAGAGAAGAGUGCUAGAUUACAAUUGAUCAGUAGGAUACCUUAUCUAUCUGGCUUGAUGGAUUCCAGUUUUUGGGUGGACAAAUUUGUUCCUCAUCUGUAUGUCAAUGAAAAUGACUUGAUUUGCAGCUUUUAUGUUGAUCCUGAUGAUAGCAUAAGAGUGAAGAACACCGAAAAGGACAAUACAAACUCUGCGGAUGGAGAAAUUGUGGCGAAGUUGUAUGUUGUUUCCAAAGAAAAUCAGAAAUUUCUUGAGGCUCAUGGCCUAGAUCAAUGGUGGUCAAGUGAUGCUCAUAGUACUAGACUCAUGAGGAGGCAACUUAGAUCUUUAGAUGCUGCUUCCUUUUUAAAAGUAACAUGUUUACUUUAUCCGAAAUCUAUUUCGCUAUUGAGGAAUAAUCUUCAGUAUAUUGUAUGCUUGGAGAAUUGGACACCUCAGUUAUCUUGCUUGAAGGAUUCUUUCUUUUCAGUUCCUACUGAGUUUUUUGUUGUCUACAAGGAAAAACUGAAAUUUCUUGUGGCUCACGGCUUGGAACAAUGGUGGCCAAGUGAUGCAGAACUUCAACAGGCUAUUCAUAAUGGCAAACUCACAAGUCAGCAACUUAGAUUGUUAUAUGCUAUCUCACCCAAGGAAGUUUAUCGUUUAUUCGAUCCAUCUUCUGUUUUGCUUUCAAUGAGUCUCAGUGGUAUUGCAGAAAAGGCAGAAUUUCUUUGGUUUUGGAAUAGUAUUCAUCAUAUGUUUUGCUCGAGUGGCAAAAUUCAAGUCAGCCAAAUUUGGAAUAGAUUCAAAUCAUUGUUUCCUUCAAAUACAAAGGCUCGAAUCGCCAACAAUGCAGAUAAGAUUCUUCUGUUGUCUGGUUUGAAGGAUUAUGUUUUUGGAACAGCCAAGUGGGUUCAUCAUCUGUAUGGUGUAGGAGAGAAAAUGAUUUACAAGGAGACAAUUGAUGUUACAAAUGCUCAAACGCCAGAAGAUUUCUUCAUUGUCUCCAAGGAGAAACUGAAAUUCCUUGGGGUUCAUGGAGUUGAACAGUGGUUUUCAAGUGAUGCAGAAUUUCAGAAAUCUAUCCAUAGUAGCAAAUUCAUAAGUCAACAACUUCGGUAUCUAUAUUCAAGUUCUUGCGAAUUAGCACAUUUGUUUAAUCCAAGACUUCAAGACAGGAAUAAUGCAGAGAAGACUUCAAGUGUAAGUUCUCGAGUGGCGAAAUCAGUUCCUGUCAUAGAAGAGAAUAUGGUUGAUAGGGAGAGCACUGAUGAUCCUUUAAAUGUGCAAAUCGGGACAAAGUUGUUUUUCGCCUUCAAGGAGAAACAGAAAUUUCAUAGGCUGGAACAAUGGAGGUUAAAGGAUGCAGAGAAUGGGAAACUUGAUGUGCAAGUAACAAAUUUGUUCAAUCCACCUUCUAUUACCCUGGCCAAGAAUCUCAUAAAGGCUUGUGGCUUAGAGCAAUGCUGGUCGAGUGAUACAGUUCUUCGACUCGCUAUCCAUAACAGCAGAUUCUUGAGCAAAUUUAGAUCUGCACAAUCAACUCAUGGAAAGCCAUGGUAACAAUGGAUUUUUACUCUGAUAUGGUUUGUA